CUGAUACGAUUGGCUAAAAGUACAGGGACUAGAUACAUUUGGUCCAAUCAACGUCAAUACUGUACAUGACUCACAAGCUCGGGAGUGGGGGGUUGUUCCCGCCCCCAGACGUCAGCUAGUAGUCUAGCCGAAACAAGUCAUUUGGAGUGGACAUGAUGGGGAAGACGCUGCUUACCCUCGGUUAAGUGUUUAAACAAGUACAAAAUACAACUUUGAGCUUCUCGUAGCAUGACUAAAGCUCCAGUGUGCGAUUUUAAGUAACUUACAGUGCUCUUUUGGAAGGAUGGCAGCCUCCAGCAACUCUCUUCAGCAGUCCAGAGUGAGACGCAGCAAUGCGGGCUCCCCCGGUUCGUUCACCAACACCAGCUGCCGCCUGCACCCCAUCCGUGCCACCGUGCCCUACCAGCUCUUGCGCGGCGGCCAGAGCAGCCCGACGCGGCCGCACAACCUCCACGGGGGGGCCACGGGCAGCCGAGGCUCGAGCCCCCCAUCAAGCCCGACUUUCCUCCCAGGAAGUGGAAUCGCCAGGCAGAGGCUGUCUCCAGAAAAUAGAGAAUCCUGCCCCCCAGACUCGCCUGUUUCCAGAGCAGAAAGGUCCAGGCUGCAAAUGCGGACCUCCAGUGCCAUCCGGCGGACAUCUUCCCUGGACGCCAUCACGGGGCCGUACCUCACCGGCCAGUGGCCCCGCGAUGCACAUGGACCUUACCCCUCCAGUAUGAAAGACAAAUCCACUCAGACUCCAGGUCUCUGGAUGGAUGAGGGAGUGGAACAGGGAAGUCCACACCAGAGGUCCGCCUCCUGGGGCAGUGCUGACCAUCUCAAGGAGAUCGCCAAGUUGAGACUGCAGCUUCAGCGCAGCAAACAAGUCAGUCGGCAGAGCAAAGAACGCGACGCCACUUGUGCAGCACAAAACACACCACACAGCACCCAGUGUAGCGCACAGCACAAAGGCUCUUCAUCCACACUGACAACAAUCCCGCUGCCAAAGACGCUGAUAUGUCGAGUACCAAGCAGUGUGGAGGGCAUCAACCACGAGCUGGAGAAUGUCUUCAUCAGAGAGGACUGGGAGCAUGGUAUACAGGCCACAGAUGCCCUUGACGGACGGCGCGCCCCCUUCCCCGUCCAUCGCUAUAGCAACAGCGGGGAGACACGCGACACCGACACACAGGCCCCCUCCAGCGGCGAAUCCAGCCCGUCGCCCCACCCACUCAGCCCCGAACACCUGCACUCCCCUGAUGGGAGCCCCUCCUCCACGGAGGAAGUGGACAAAGACGGCGUGUGUAGUUCUCCUCUCCCAAAGUUUGCCACCUCGCCCAAACCCAACAACAGCUACAUGUUCAAACGAGAGCCGCCAGAGGGCUGCGAGAAGGUCAAAGUGUUUGAGGAGAUGGUGUCGGGCCAAUCCAAAGGCUUCCCCCUCUUCUCAUGUCCCGACAAAAACAAAGUCAACUUCAUCCCGCAAGGCUCCGCCUUCUGCCCCGUCAAGCUGCUCUGCUCCUCCCUCUUCUCCCCGGUGUCCUGUGCUUCCGUCGGCACCGGUCUCCACGGCAAUGAAGCACAGGCGACUCCCACCACCCCUCCACCCUCUGACGCCGUCACGCACGGGCCGGAAGCCGAGACAGGAAAGGACGGCUCUCCGCAACUUGUCCUCACCAGUUUGUCCUCAGCCAGCAGGGGAUGCCCAAGCUCCAGCUCAAUGGUAUCCUGCUAGGAAGAGCCUCUACUUCCUGGACCGGACCGAGCCCCUCCCCCACCCCCAACCCCGACUCAUUACCACAAAUAGCUUUUGCUUUGUUUUCAUUGGCUUUCAAAGUUUGUCAGCAGGAACAUCCAAUCAGCUUAUUAACACUUCCUAUAGCGCAGCCCACUAACUUUUAUAUUAUGGGAUGGCUUCAGUCUACAUCAAGUCGUGUUUGUGUUGCAGCCACUAUUUGCCUUCCUGCACGAUCACGACGAUCAGUAGUUCCUUAGCGAGAGACCAAAAGACUGAAGGCGGGGUAGGGGGAGAGAGGGAGAGAGGGAGAGAGACAACUCCAUAAUUGCGGAACAAAACAACUCAGGUUGGUGUGGAAUGUUCUUGUUUGGAUCGUCACCCUUCUUGAAGAGAAGCUUGAUACAAAGCCAAUCAGCAGAAUGACAUCACAUCGUGGAACCAGUUAAAAAAAAAGAAGCUUUCAGGUGCUACUACACAUUCCACAGGUCAGAAUCGACACACCCUCUUAAAGCGAUAGGAUGAGAAUGUACCAAAGCCAAGGGCCUGAGUAGGAAGUGUCAUGUAUGGAGCAUAGAUGCUAAUUGCUAACCCAGGAUAAAGCAUGUUAAAACCCUCUCCCCCUUUUUUGCUUUUUUUUUUUUACAUUUAGAUCCCUUUGCAAUUUCAAACAAUCAAAAUGUGUGCAAAGAACAAAGUGCACACAAAGAACCACUGAGGAUUGAAGUGGUUGGGCGAGCACAAGCACAAAUGACCAACGUAUGCAAUGCAUUCCAAAACACACUGUUUAAAUCCUGAUGUCGCUCAUGUGCUCAUUGUGUGCAUGAAGCAACUGUGACUCACUUCCCUGUGUAGUGUGCAUCUGUAUGUACAUCCUGUGUUUUUUUUCAAUAAAGACAAAACAAGUGACAUUUGUUUACUUUUUGC